AACGUAAGAUGCCGUUUCCAAGUAAAAAAGGUUUGAAAAUAAUUAAUCUCGAUGUGAAAGACGUAAGGUUUCCAACUUCUCUUGGCGGCCAUGGAUCCGAUGCUUUGCAUACUGAUCCCAACUACUCCUGUGCAUAUGUUACAACCACUACAGAAAACGGCAAGCAGGGCUUCGGGUUGACGUUCACGUGUGGUCGAGGAACAGAGAUCAUAGUUUUAGCUAUAAGGUCUCUUAAAAGAUUCAUCGUUGGACAAAAUGCAUCUGAUAUUUUUGCGGACUUCGCUGGAUUCUGGCGCACCAUUACUAACGAUUCUCAGAUGAGAUGGAUUGGACCAGAAAAAGGUGUCGCGCACUUAGCAGCCGCUGCUAUUCUCAAUUCCUUGUGGGAUUUAUGGGCCAGAAUCGAAAAUAAACCUUUGUGGAAAUUACUAGUCGAUUUGGAGCCUGAAGAGUUGGUUUCCACAAUUGACUUUCGUUAUAUAACAGACGUUAUAACGAAGAAAGAAGCCAUCGAACUUUUAAAAGCCAAGAAAACUGGUAAAGAAGAAAGAGUCAUAUUUUUAGAAGAAAAUGGGUACCCAGCAUACACCACCCAAGUUGGUUGGUUAGGUUACAGCGAUGAAUUGGUAAAGGAAUUAUGUCACAAAUAUUUGAGCCUUGGAUUCAAUCACUUUAAAGUCAAAGUUGGAUGCAAUGUAGAAGAUGACUUAAGGAGAGCAACCGUCGUCCGAAAAUGUAUCGGAGAUGACAAGGUUUUGAUGGUAGAUGCGAACCAAGCAUGGAGUGUGGACGAAGCUAUCGAGUGGAUGAAGAAGUUAGCUCACCUCAAACCUAUGUGGAUAGAGGAACCAACAUCGCCUGACGACGUUCUUGGACACGCAGCUAUUUCGAAAGCAUUGAAGCCCUACGGUAUUGGAGUUGCUACCGGUGAGAUGUGCGCUAAUCGCGUCAUGUUCAAACAGUUUCUGCAAAGUGGCGCCAUGCAGUUCUGUCAGAUCGACUCCGCUAGAAUCGGAGGCAUCAAUGAGAUCCUAUCAGUCUAUCUUAUGGCAGAGAAAUUGGGAGUAAAGGUGUGUCCACACGCGGGUGGCGUGGGAUUGUGCGAAAUGGUACAGCAUCUACAGUUUUGGGACUACGCAAGCCUGUCGGGAACUAUGGACGGUCGCCUCAUAGAGUACGUCGACCAACAACAUGAGCACUUUGUUGAUCCUUGUGUGGUGGUUAAUGCGAGAUACAUGGCGCCUAAGCUGCCCGGUUAUAGCACACAAUUUUUACCAGGGACAUUGGAGAAAUUCUCUUAUCCCCACGGCAGUGAAUGGAAGAAGAUGAUCAAAGAGGGAAUAUUCCCUGCUCCUGACGAAGCAGAAUUAGUGAACCCAUAAAGUUUUAUUAUUUAUUGGUU